CGAAUUCGUGCGACGCUGGGCGACGACGUGAGUGCUUCCUACGCGGCGGUGCGAAAUGCGUACGCGCUGGCGCGAUCAUCGCGACGUAGUUCGCUGUCGCAGACGAGUGGCGACGAACUGUCGCACUCGGUCGAUCAACUACGAGGCUACAUUAGCGCUAGACAAGUUCGACAUUUCAACUUUGACAAGACAUUCUUGCAUAUGAUGGAACGAACUUAUCCUGAACAGAUGAACAAAUCUCGAAGACUCAAUACUUCUACACCUCUGGCCAAUAAUCGUUUCAGUAUCGAUCUCGUCUGGGCUCCACAGACAGUACAGCUAGCGGAUCAAGAACACGAACAUCCUAUACACCAUCCUUCGCCAUCUCAUACGAGCUAUUCGCCAAUUCGACAGCGUGAUGAAACCUACAAAUCUCUUAUAACUGCAGAGAAACCACCACACACAAAGCUGAAGACUCCUGAUUUACUGAGCACAAGCCAGGAGUCACUGCGCGAAGAAAGAAAACUACAUCCCGGAGUUUCGUCAGCGCCCAAAAACCCUUCAAUUCGAGAAAGCAGUUUGGAAGCUGAACCAGAGAAACCAAAAAAGAGAUCUAGUAAGGAACGAACCGCACGACGAAACUCUCGACAGCAAGCUUACACCCAAAGUUCAUCGAGUGAAGAGGAGAUGGAUCGAUCAGUGACCAGAGCUGAUGCAAAACGACGAAGACGACGAAGAAAGGAGUCGUCAGCAGAGAGAGGUGGGCUAACAGUGCCCUAA